AUGGAGCUCGUAGUCUUUCUUCUUGUGGCUCUUCUCUCUCUUGCUUCAGCAACCCCCGUACUUCCCGUUGUCAGACCCUUUGCCCCAUCCAAGGUCGUUCCCCGAAACCCCAAAUUUAAAAUGCCCUUUCCCACGACAUUCUACGACCUACCUACAGGCGACCCGAGAAGCGUCCCACUGCCUACGGGCGACCUGGGAAGUCCACCGCCUCCAUGGCGACACGAAAAUGGAGUAGGCGUGUACAAGGACCCUCAUCAAGUCGCUCCGCUGUGGUAUUCCGAGGACGAAAAUGAAUUUCCCCCUAAGCCAAAAAACAAAAAUAAGCCCGAUGGCAAACAGGCUCGAGAUUCCGUUCCUACCGAAAUUACGAAAAUUAUAAGCAGGAACGAGGUCACGAUAUCGAAGCCGAAGGUGCUAGUUAAUGAUUGCUAUCUUGCGGCUCGAAUAAAGUGCAAGGCAGUGUUGGGUCUGACGGACUGCGAGCAACAGUCCGCAAAGUACACAAUACUGCAACCUGUUGGGGAAACUGGGGAUUGCAUUCCUCUCGAGCAAACUGGUUCUGACAAUCUUCUCGGUGUUGUGAACACGCGGUUGCUGAGCAAAGAAGAUGUGAAGGCCUGCUGGCAGGAGUGUGGAAACAUCGGACAAGAGGCGUGCGAACAGUGCGACGAAAAGUUGCGGCUCGGAGGACUGACGCCUUCCACUCAGCCGGCUCGAUACGAUCCUUGGGGCUGGGGUCCGACGCAAGCUGGGGACCCUGUUGAUCAGGGUAUGGUAUCGGUGGGUUUCCAGAUGCUCUGGAAGUGCGCAUUAAAUUGCAUGCGCAACAGCGUUACACCAUGCAGGAACUGCGAUCCGCUCUGGGAAGAGUCCAAGAAAGUUGUGUCCUCCCGUGGAUUCAAGGAGGAAGAGGCUUUCUGGGGGUGUAUACACGAUUGCUCUCGCAACAGGCUGGUAUCUUGUACGGCAUGCGAGCCAGCCUGGCGCCAGCAACUGGCAAUGAUAACGUCCACUCAGCUGUCAGUUGAACAAGCAGUCGCGUACGCUGAUAUCUGGAACUGUGCAGUACACUGCAAUGAAGACAGGACGCAGAAAAUGUGCGCGCCGUGCGACGAACUCUGGAGGAAAUGGGAUGCAGGACUACCGCCCUUUGGACCCGAACGGACUGGUCUUCUUACCGCAAGAGUUGACGCCGGAUCUCCAUCAAGUACCGAUUCCGAAGAAUACGCGAUCAGGCUUCGUUAUAGUGAAUGCAUUCGAUUAUGCGAUCUGGUCGACGACAUUCGACCCGUCGAAUUUUGCCACAACUGCGAGACGAUACUCGUAAAAUCUGCCUCAGUACUGGCGCCGAGUGCUUCGAUCCGUCGAAGCAUUUCCGCCGAGUCCAGCGAGACAAUCGCAAGGCGCCUGCUGUACGUCUGGGACCCGGUCACUGGCGCUUUCAAGUGCAAAGAACAGUGCGCCAAGGGCAAGGACUACUACAUCUCGUGUCUCCCCUGCCUGUACGAUAAGGGCAUCCCUGUUGGCGACAACACACCCCAGGUCGGUCAAGCAGAGGUCGUCAAGACGAGUCCUGAGCAAAAAUCGGACGUCCUUCUUAUUUCUUCGUAA